GCGAAGGCAAAAAUAGAGAAACAAAAAUCCUUUACUCGUUCAUUGGGUCGCUCUAUCCACUAUCAAUCGAUCAAUAUCGAUCUCCUUACUUAGUUACUAGGAGAGGAGUGAAGAGCAGAGGAGUGUUUAUUUCUUAUAUAUAAAAAUUUGCUUGCUGUUUUUAUUUCACUCAGAUUCAGAUAGCUGCUGCUGCUUCUUCGGCUUAAUUCAGGUGGGUGUAUAAUUAAAUAAUGACGACUGAGCAGCCUUCCAAAGUCAUUCACGUUCGGAAUGUUGGUCAUGAGGUUUCAGAGCCUGACCUGCUUCAGCUAUUCCAGCCUUUUGGAGUCAUCAACAAGCUAGUCAUGCUUCGUGCAAAAAACCAGGCGCUCCUUCAAAUGCAAGAUGUUCCUUCCGCUGUCAGUGCCAUGCAAUUCUAUGCCAAUAAGCAACCAACCAUAAGGGGAAGAAAUGUUUAUGUUCAGUUCUCAUCUCAUCAGGAGUUGACUACUGUGGAGCAAACUACUCAAGGACGGGUUGACGAGCCUAAUCGUAUUCUCUUGGUCACCAUUCAUCAUAUGCUGUACCCUAUAACGGUGGAAGUGUUGCAUCAAGUCUUCUCUCCUCAUGGAUAUGUGGAGAAGGUCGUCACAUUUCAAAAGUCAGCUGGUUUUCAAGCACUUAUUCAAUUUCAAUCACGACAAAGUGCCGUGGCUGCAAGAAAUUCCCUUCAGGGGCGUAACAUAUAUGAUGGUUGCUGUCAACUAGAUAUUCAGUUCUCCAAUCUUGAAGAGUUGCAAGUGAACUACAAUAAUGAGCGGUCUAGGGAUUUCACAAACCCGUCGCUACCUUCGGAGCAGAAGGGCAGACCCUCCCAACCUGGAUACGGAGAUGCCGGAGCUAGUUAUCCUUCGCAGAUAAACAAUGUUGCUGCAAUUGCGGCUGCUUUUGGAGGAAAUCUACCUCCUGGAAUUAGUGGGACGAACGACAGGUGCACUAUUCUUGCAUCUAAUCUGAAUCCUGAUAGGAUAGAUGAGGACAAGUUGUUCAACUUGUUCUCUUUAUACGGAAACAUUGUUAGAAUCAAACUUCUCCACAGCAAACCAGAUCAUGCGCUUGUUCAGAUGGGUGAUGGCUUUCAAGCUGAGUUAGCUGUGCACUUUUUGAAGGGAGCUACACUAUUUGGGAAAAGGUUGGAGGUUAAUUAUUCAAAGUAUCCAAAUAUAACAAUGGGUCCUGAAACACACGAGUACUUGAACUCGAACCUGAACAGGUUCAACAGGAAUGCUGCUAAAAACUACCGCUACUGUUGCUCACCGACAAAGAUGAUACAUCUGUCAACCCUACCACAGGAUGUGACAGAAGAGGAGAUUGUAUCCCAUCUUGAAGAACAUGGGAGUAUUGUGAACUCAAAAGUGUUUGAAAUGAAUGGUAAGAAGCAGGCACUUGUGUUGUUCGAGAAUGAGGAACAGGCGACUGAAGCUCUUGUGUGCAAACAUGCAACUCCUCUUGCAGAUUCCAUGAUUCGUAUCUCCUUUUCUCAGCUGCAGACAAUUUGAGUAGUAGCUUCACCUUCAUGGAUUCCAUAAGUUUUGUCUCUUCAUAUUAUCAAGAAGCUUGCAACCCCUUGUUUUACUGUGUAUUCUUACUCUCUCCUUUGCAUUUUUUAGAUGCUAGUGAUACUUUUAUUUUUGUACUAA